AGCUGUGGCGGAGGCACUCCAAAGGGUUGCUUUAUAUGGCAUCUAACAAUGCCCGCAUGUGCUGCCAUCAAUUGCACAAGCCGACAGACCCGUGGAUGUGGCAAGUCAUUUCACCGGUUUCCACAUGGACGGCCAGAAAUUCUGAAAAAAUGGGUAACAAACAUGCGACGUGAUACCUUUAAACCAUCUUCAAAAGCUGUUCUGUGCUCUGACCAUUUUGAGGAAUGCUGCUUUGACAGGACUGGUCAGACCAUUCGGCUGAGGGUGGAUGCUGUGCCAACUGUGUUUGCUUUCCCUGGGAAAGCAAGAAAGGAUCGAAAAUCACAAAUCUUUGCACCAGUGCUUGAAGAUGUUGAGGACAAGUUUUCCAUUCCAACUCAUUCAAUAACCGUGGAUACACCUGCUCCAGACCCUGUGAACAAACGUGUUACAGUGGAACAUGACUAUUGUAUUACAGACAGUCCUAAGGCUUUAAAAAGGAGGCUUGAUGAAGCUUUAAGCAGUCUUCACAAUGUCAAAAGAAGGCUGAAGAUCACCCAGCAGAAGUUCAGGAGGCUGAAAUUCAAGGUUCAGUCACUUGACUUAACUGAAGAUCCCGUGUAGAGACAAUUCCAUUUUUCAGUUGUCCUUACAAAGUGUUAAAGUUGAUACUCUGUUUCAAAUGUAUCUGUAUGCAUUUGUUGAAAAAGCGCCAUAGUAAGGCUGUGUUUACAGAGUUUUUUAUACUUUUUAUCCCUUUAAUAUUUGCGCUGUGGAUCAACCUGUCAAGCUUCUUCAAGGAGAGUAAAGAAAAUGGUAUAUAGUGUUUAAUUUCCAUGAUCUCCAUUUAAUAAUGCCCCUUUGCUGCUACAAUGGAUUCUGAACCACGUUUUCCAUCUUGGCUGUGUGAAGAAGGAUACAUCUUAAAAAAUAUAUCUUACAAGUAAAGGCAUUUUAAACUCCUUUUUUAAGCAGUACUGUGUACCAUGAAACCGGCAAUGAACAACAGAGCCUAAAAUGUGAAUAGUGGAAAGAGUCAAGAAUAUUUUUCUGUCUUCGGUUUCCCAGACAGCAGAGUGAGAAAAGUGUAUGGGCUUCAAGGUGUGAUUUUUAGGGCCUGCAAUGUUUGCAGUUGGUGGUAUCGGGAAAAAAAAUCAAUGUCUGAUAAAUUUAAUUCAGUGAAAGCAUAGGUUAAAUUUUUAUAUAAUUGUCCAAAGUAUCCAACAUGAAAAUUGGAUCAACCUUGCUUGUUGAAAAAUUUCUUACAGUUUUGUGUCUCUAGGUCCUAGGGAGAUGUAUAGAAGCUUGAGAUUUUUGUAUAUGUGGCGGUUUAAGCUCUGGGCUACCAUAAUUAUUUAGCUGCAUAAACAUAGGGCUGUUUAUGAAUGUGUUUGUUUUUUUUUUGUUUUUUUAGAGAAAUUUUUAUUUUCUUUGUUUUUUAGUUUUAUUUGGGAUUAAAAAAAUCAAUUUAGUUAUAUAUUUUAAAAGUUGCAAUUUGACAGCACAAAUAAUAAAAUUGGCUUCCCUAAUUUGCGAUCAGUUUGAUAAAUAAUAUGUAUUUAUAGUCUUGUGUGAACUGAGAGGUUAUGGCAACUGUUUAGGUUGGAGUGGGCUUUUUGUUUGUUUUUUAAUUUGUAUUUAUGGGGAAAAACAUUCCUUUUUGCAGGAAUAUUACACCGACAGAGCUUGUUUGUGUCUUCAGCAGCUCUGUUAUGUCAGAGACCCCCAGCAAUCAUGUAAUUUCCUCUGUACACUGCAUAGUGCUAAUUGAGCGCUAUGUAUGCUGGGAAAAUGUCUCUGACAGUUGGGGGACCUGACCUGCUCCUGCUAGAUUGCAGGAGUAUUUCUGCAGUGAUGCCAAAAGUUCUGGACCUGCAUGCCCACCAUGAAAAGACCAUAAAUCAGGGCCAGUUGCUACAUGUUCUAUUGUAGAUGCAUUGGAUCAAUAAAAAAAAAACAUAUGCCAAUGUGGACAUUGCCUUAAACCCCCUAAUAGUUUUACCAGGCUUUUUGGAAAAGGACUUAACAGUUCAGCCCGAGCAGCAUGGUGAGGGGGGAGGGCUGGUUUAAAAUAAGACAGGAUCACAGUAUUAUCUCCUCUACAUCACGAGAUAUAGCCUUUAGAAAUCGGGUCAGAAGUGACCGCAGCUGAAAAUGAAAGCAGGUUUCAACUGCUUUCGCUGCCAAUUAGGUAUGUAAAGGUUAUAACUCCCUACCGAUAGCAGCUAAUGCUAUGGGCUUGUUUUAAAGCUUAGAUUGUCAGCUUUCAAACAAAAACAGGCCUGCAUCUCUAGCUGCUACACAGCCCAAGAUAGGAAGGGUUAAAGCAGCCCUCCCACUUCAGUUGGCUGUAACCUCAGCCAGCCUGGAGGAGGAGAGUGGGGCAGUGGGAAAGCCGACAGCCUGCACUAGUAGGGGAAAACAUGCUUUCUCGUGACCCCCAGGGGGAAGCUAACAUGACUUAUGUACAUGCUACCUAUCCCCCUCUCCUCUGUCAGAGAGCAUUUUUUUUCUGUUACAUAUGGGGGUCUUGUUUUUAUCCAGGAAAGGAGUGAGAAGAUGAGUGCUUGCCCAUCUAGUCACCCAUCUGCGCCAAUUUAAGCCAUUUAUUGACCCCAUGACCGAGAUGUUUACCAACAUGCUACAGUAAUAGCAAUAAUUAUUACUAGAGAGGAAUCUAAUAUAUUAGCUUUCACAUAGUUAUGUUUUCAGAAAACGAAAUGUCUUGGAAUACAGAGACACACAUACAAGUGCUUUUAUUGUGCAAGUAAUAUGAUAAUAAAAACUAUAUAAAUUUGGCAGUCAUAAUCCUACUGACCCACAGAAUAAAGUUUUCAUAGUCCUUUUACCACAUGGUGAAUGCUGUAAAAAUAAUUCCCACAAAAUAAUGUUAAAAUUGCUGUUUUUAAAUUUUCCACUCUAAAAAUAAAAUGGUUAUUUAUACACUAUAUAAUCCAAAAUGGAGUUAAACGAAAACGUACAACUCCUCAUGCUAAAUUCAAGGUCUCUUACAGCUAAAUUGAAGAAAAAAAUAGUUAUGUCCACUGGAACACAGAGGGGGAAAAUAUUACUGGUCCUUGAGGCUACAAUUAGUUAAGAUGCACUUACGUUGUGUCCCCGGAGGUGUGCACCAGAUAUGUUUACUUCAGACAUUAAAGGGAACCUGUUACCGGGAUUUUGUGUAUAGAGCUGAGGACAUGGGUUGCUAGA